CAAACUUAGUGCUGGGUAUUUGAUAGGCCCAGGUUCCCCAGUGCUAUUUAACACCUCAUAGGUUCCUGAGGGUAAGAAGCCAGAAUGAUAAGCCAUUAUCAGAUGGCUCAGAUUUGAACCCUGGGCCUCAUUUGUUAAGAGCCUGAGAAUAUAUUAUGAGGCAAUUUAGGCAAGUUUAGUAACUUCUGAGCCUUAGUUGGUCCUUGUGGAGUGGUGAUAAUAAUACCCAUCUUACAGGGUUGUUCUGGGAAUUAAAUAAGAUAAUGUAUGUAAAGUGCUUAGCGAAAUGCCUGGGUCCUGUUUUUAAAUUUUUUUUAGCUAAAAAAUAAUGGCUUUAGGAUGACAAAAGAACAGUGACAGGGUGAGAGAUUUAUGUGAAUGCUGUGGUUGGGAACUAUUCUCACAUUCUCAAGUUUUUCUGGAAGUUUUGGUGUCUCCCUCCCCAUUUCCCUCUUCCUGGUACUUCUUGUCUUCAGGCAGCAGCCCCAAAUCGUCAUUCCACUCUUGUAUCCCUCUCCCAGGAUCCAAGCCCCGGGCUGGGCCACUUGCUCUGUUCCGGUUCGAUUUCCUCAUCCUAGACCCAUUCUGCUUCCCGCCCCUCCUCCGUGUCUCUGCUGCCAUAAUAACAAGAGAUUCAGGCUCUGAAGGGGGCCUCUGGAAGGAGCAAAGGUGGUGUUCUCUCGCAGAACCUGGGCCUCCAACUUCCCCGCCCUGGCUCUUUGGGACUGAGCCAGCAGAUGUGUACAGUUUGGGAGAGAAGGAAAGCCAGUGCCGGAAGCUGUAGAAACAAGCCCAGGGGAAGGCGGAUGCGAGUCCUGAGAAGAGAGCCAGGCGUGGGGGCGGGCGCGGGGGACCCCUUCCUCCUAAUCCUCUUUCCAGGAAUCCCUGGCUUUGGGACAGGACGGCUGUCGUUGGUUUGGGGGAGGCGCCCAGGCUGGGUGCAUGUCCUGGGCCACCAGCCAAGAGAACAUGAUGUUCCCAAGUGCGCUGGCCGCCGCCCUCUCGGGCUGGCCGCCUCCCAAACCGCUGCCUCUCCAGCCUCCCUGCUCCACAUUCCCCGACUGCCUCGCCCCGCCCCCUUCCUCCACUUGGACGUCACUGCUAUCUCCCGCCCCCCUCCUCCAUUGACGGCAGCAGGGCCUGGUUACUGUGGGGACCGUGAGGCAGGACAACCAGGGCCUUGAGAGCAAGCGGGGGCUGCUGGAGCGCUGGACCCUUUUGUCCAUGCAAAAGAUAAAGGAGGGGGAGGCGGGAGAGCAAGGACUGCCUGUGUCAGGGGAGAUCACACCUAAAUCCAUGACGCGAGUUGGGGAGGAAGAGAAACGAUGUUUCCGGAGAAGAGGUGUCUGAAAAUGAGGCAAGGGAGUGGGCCACAGUAUAUGAAUUGGGGGGACAUUUUCAAGGAGAGAAGGCUGAGAAUCUAGGCUCCUGAAUCCUUUGUUUCCUGUUUUCUUGCUUUGGUUUUUCUGGGUUAUUUUGUAACAUCCCUGUGUCCCAGCUUUUCCACAGUGCUCUCCUCUGCCCCCCACCCCCAUGGGGAACACCGUUGUUAAGGAAAGCUUAGGCCACGUGACAGUGAGGGGCGUGCACCCACAGCUGACUUUGUCAGCAGCAGUUUGGGGGCCUCUGCACUUGCCACCCACGUUUCCAGGGAGCCCUGAGAGGAACUACUCACCAUAGUCUUGGAUGGAGCUGGAGCUCUCCCGGGCCCAGCCUGGCACUUUAUUCCCCCAAAUUAGGACUCAGUGUUCUGCUCCCCACCUCUUUUAAAAAAUUAUAAUUUCCAGUCCCUUCUCCAUUGCUGAGGCUGCUUCCCCUCCCCUACCUAGCUUUGUUAACAAUAAAAUCACGGAGUUUAUUGAUCACCUACCAUGUGUCAGGUUCUGUCCUGGGGCCUGAGGAAUACAGUGAAGGAGACAGAUGAGGUUCUUGGCUUUCUCUUUUCCUAGAGGUGGGGAUCUGAAGCCCUCGCCAUCCCACCUUUCUCUGUCUAGAGUCCCAUUUGGUCUCUUCUCUCAGCCACCCCCUUUGUUCCCCUGUAGCCCUGGCUUCCUGGCCCCUACUUUUGGGACAGCCCUAACUGUGGGUGGCUGCAUCCUCAGGAGAGAAGAAGCACUAGUCACCACGUAGGCUGCCCAGAGACCUUUUCUCUGAUUGGCCACAGAAGCACCUGCCAUGGUUUCCCUUCACAGACCCUAUUGGCUCUAGUUGCCCCUUCUAUUGUUUGCAUCCUCCCCCGCCAACUCCACCCCCCAUCACACGUGGACCCUCAAUUGCGCUCCUCCUAGCGGUCCACAGGAUUUGAAGUGUCAGAGGAAGGGGUUGGGUAAAACGGCUUUAUUAUGAUGACAAGGCUGGGGAGGAGCACCCAGGAAAGGCCAAGCCGGGUUUAUGUCUGUCCCCCUCCUCCCAGGGACCAGCCAUCUCAUCCACCCUGGCUCACCUCCCAGGGUCUGCAUUCCUUUUCCCCAUCCCUGGCAAGGCCAAGGUGUCCUGUUCUGCAAGGCUGGUCAGUUCAGGAAGUAGACAUGUCAGGCACCUACUGUGGCCCAGGCAUUUUCCCCAAAGAGAGGCAGCUUACCUCCUCCUCCCUCCCUCCCAUUAUUCACUGUGCAAGGCGUCCUGCGCCCAUUGGCUGGGCAGUGGGUGUCUGCGGCCCUUCAGCCCAGCGCCAGCACCCAGAUCCACGUGCGCCCGUGUGUGUGACACAGCCCCGACCUCAGUGGGGGCCAGUAGCCAAUCAGGCGCCGGAACGAGAGCCCCAGCCAAUCGGGGGCGGGGCCUGUGGCUCCGCCGGCUGGAGGCCAAUGAAGGGCAGUGCCUGGCAUUAUGCAACCCGCCUCCUGGCCCCGCGGAGCUUCCACUCGGCUGCGGGCUGCAACGGCGGCGGGCAGGCGGCCGAAGGGCGCUCGCGCGGCCAGGUACUGGCUGUGAUCAAACUUCUCAAUCUUCAGUGGCUUGGGUCUCCCACUUCACUCCCCCAACCACGCGUCCCGGGCCCCCUUGUGCAUCUGUGGUGGGCUCUCCACCUUCCCUGUUCUCCUGCCCUCCCCAUGGCCCAGACAUGAGCGGCCCCCUAGAAGGGGCUCAUGGGGGAGGGGACCCCAGGCCAGGGGAAUCUUUUUGUCCUGGAGGGGUCCCAUCCCCUGGGCCUCCACAGCACCGGCCUUGCCCUGGCCCGAGCCUGGCUGAUGACACGGAUGCCAACAGCAAUGGCUCGAGUGGCAAUGAGUCCAACGGGCCCGAGUCUAGGGGUGCAUCUCAGCGGAGCUCACAUAGCUCCUCCUCCGGCAAUGGCAAGGACUCGGCCCUGCUGGAGACCACUGAGAGCAGCAAGAGCACAAACUCGCAGAGCCCAUCCCCACCCAGCAGUUCCAUUGCCUACAGCCUCCUGAGUGCCAGCUCGGAGCAGGACAACCCGUCUACCAGUGGCUGCAGCAGUGAACAGUCAGCCCGGGCAAGGACCCAGAAGGAACUCAUGAUGGCACUGCGGGAGCUCAAGCUUCGGCUGCCACCAGAGCGCCGGGGCAAGGGCCGCUCUGGGACCCUGGCCACACUACAGUAUGCACUGGCUUGUGUCAAGCAGGUGCAGGCCAACCAGGAAUACUACCAGCAGUGGAGCCUGGAGGAGGGUGAACCUUGUGCCAUGGACAUGUCCACCUACACUCUGGAGGAGCUGGAGCACAUUACGUCUGAGUACACGCUUCGCAACCAGGAUACCUUCUCCGUGGCUGUCUCUUUCCUGACAGGCCGCAUCGUCUACAUUUCGGAGCAGGCAGGUAUCCUGCUGCACUGCAAGCGGGAUGUGUUCCGAGGUGCCCGCUUCUCGGAGCUCCUGGCUCCCCAGGAUGUGGGCGUCUUCUAUGGUUCCACUGCCCCAUCUCGCCUGCCCACCUGGGGCACUGGGGCCUUGGCAGGUUCAGGCCUCAAGGACUUCGCCCAGGAAAAGUCCGUUUUCUGCCGUAUCAGAGGAGGUCCUGACUGGGAUCCAGGGCCUCGGUACCAGCCAUUCCGCCUAACCCCAUAUGUGACCAAGAUCCGGGUCUCAGAUGGGGCCCCCGCGCAGCCAUGCUGCCUACUCAUCGCAGAGCGCAUCCACUCGGGUUAUGAAGCUCCCCGGAUCCCCCCUGACAAGAGGAUCUUCACCACACGGCACACGCCCAGUUGCCUCUUCCAGGAUGUGGACGAAAGGGCGGCCCCACUGCUGGGCUACCUGCCCCAGGACCUCCUGGGGGCCCCAGUGCUCCUGUUCCUGCAUCCCGAGGACCGACCCCUCAUGCUGGCCAUCCACAAGAAGAUUCUGCAGCUGGCUGGCCAGCCCUUUGACCACUCCCCUAUCCGCUUCUGCGCCCGUAAUGGGGAGUAUGUCACCAUGGACACCAGCUGGGCCGGCUUCGUGCACCCCUGGAGCCGCAAGGUGGCCUUUGUGUUGGGCCGUCACAAAGUACGCACGGCACCCCUGAAUGAGGAUGUGUUCACUCCCCCGGCCCCCAGCCCAGCCCUGUCCCUGGACUCUGAUAUCCAGGAGCUCUCUGAGCAGAUCCACCGGCUGCUGUUACAGCCUGUGCACAGCCCCAGCCCCACGGGGCUUUGCGGAGUCGGCCCUGUGACUUCCUCAGGCCCUCUCCUCAGCCCUGGCUCCUCCAGUGAUAGCAAUGGGGGUGAUGCCGAGGGUCCUGGGCCUCCUGCCCCGGUGACCUUCCAGCAGAUCUGUAAGGAUGUGCAUCUGGUGAAGCAUCAGGGGCAGCAGCUUUUUAUUGAGUCUCGGGCCCGGCCUCCGGCCCGGCCCUGCCUCCCUGCUACAGGCACAUUCAAGGCCAAGACCCUUCCAAGCCAGUUCCCAGACCCAGACCUGGAGGCGGCCCCUGCUCUAAUCCAGGCCCCACUAGCCUUAGCCCCUGAGGAGGCUGAGAGGAAAGAAGCCUCCACUUGCUCCUACCAGCAGAUCAACUGCCUGGACAGCAUCCUCAGGUACCUGGAGAGCUGCAACAUCCCCAGCACGACCAAGCGUAAAUGUGCCUCCUCCUCUUCCUGCACCACGUCCUCGGCCUCUGACGACGACAAGCAGAGGACAGGUCCAGUCCCUGUGGGGGCCAAGAAAGAUCCAUCAGCAGUGCUGUCUGGGGAGGGGGCCACCCUGCGGAAGGAGCCAGUGGUGGGAGGCACCCUGAGCCCACUUGCCCUGGCCAAUAAGGCGGAGAGCGUAGUGUCCGUCACCAGUCAGUGUAGCUUCAGCUCCACCAUCGUCCAUGUAGGAGACAAGAAGCCCCCGGAGUCGGACAUCAUCAUGUUGGAGGACCUUCCUGGUCUGGCUUCAGGCCCAGCCCUGAGCCCUAUAGUAGCCCCUGACCCAGCCCCAGAUGCCUACCGCCCGGUGGGCCUGACUAAGGCCGUGCUGUCCCUGCACACACAGAAGGAGGAGCAGGCCUUCCUCAGCCGCUUCCGUGACCUCGGCAAGCUGCGUGGACUUGACAGCUCCUUGGCCCCCUUGGCCCCUGGCGAGCGAGGCUGCCACCAUGGCCCCACACCCCCCGGCCGCCGUCACCACUGUCGAUCCAAAGCCAAGCGCUCCCGCCACCACCAGACCCCCCGGGCUGAAGCCCCCUGCUAUGUCUCCCACCCCUCGCCUGUGCCGCCCUCUGCCACCUGGCCCCCACCACCAGUCCCUACUCCCUUCCCGGCUGUGGUCCAGCCCUACCCCCUCCCAGUGUUCUCCCCUCAAGGAAGCUCCCAGCCUCUUCCCCCUGCCCCUACAUCUGUGCCUCCUGCAGCUUUCCCUGCCCCCCUGGUGACCCCAAUGGUGGCCUUGGUGCUCCCUAACUAUUUGUUCUCUACCCCAUCCAGCUAUCCCUAUGGGGUACCCCAGACCCCUGCCGAGGGGCCUCCUACCCCUGCCUCCCACUCCCCUUCUCCAUCCCUCCCUCCUCUGCCCCCCAGCCCUCCCCACCGCCCGAACUCUCCACUGUUCAACUCAAGAUGCAGCUCCCCACUCCAGCUAAAUCUGCUGCAGCUUGAGGAGUCCCUGCGUGUUGAGGGGGGUGCUGUUGCAGGGGGCCCUGGGAGCAGUGCUGGGCCCCCGCCUCCCAGUGAGGAGGCCACUGAACCAGAGGCCAGACUGGUGGAGGUAACAGAGUCCUCCAAUCAGGACGCACUUUCCGGCUCCAGUGACCUGCUGGAGUUGCUGCUGCAAGAGGACUCUCGCUCUGGCACAGGCUCUGCCGCCUCUGGCUCGGGCUCGUUGGGCUCUGGCUUGGGCUCUGGGUCUGGUUCAGGCUCCCAUGAGGGGGGCAGCACCUCAGCCAGCAUCACACGCAGCAGUCAGAGCAGCCACACAAGCAAGUACUUCGGCAGCAUCGACUCUUCUGAGGCUGAGGCUGGGGCUGCCCAGGCCAGGGCUGAGCCUGGGGACCAGGUCAUUAAGUACGUGCUCCAGGAUCCCAUCUGGCUGCUCAUGGCCAACGCUGACCAGCGUGUCAUGAUGACUUACCAGGUGCCCUCCAGGGACAUGGCCUCUGUGCUGAAGCAGGACAGGGAGCUGCUCCGGGCCAUGCAGAAACAGCAGCCACGGUUCUCGGAGGAUCAGCGGAGGGAACUGGGUGCUGUGCACUCCUGGGUCCGGAAGGGCCAGCUGCCUCGGGCCCUUGAUGUGAUGGCCUGUGUGGACUGCGGAAGUAGCACCCAAGAUCCUGGCCACCCUGAUGACCCACUCUUCUCGGAACUGGAUGGACUGGGGCUGGAGCCCAUGGAGGAGGGUGGAGGCGAGGGUGGUGGCGGUAGUGGUGAGGGUGAGGGCGGAGAUGAGGCUGGAGCCCAGGCUGGGGCCAGGGUCUCAAGCUUUCAGGACCUGGCCAUGGAGGAGGAGGAACAAGGCGGGAGCUCGUCCAGUCUAGCCUUACCUGCCACAGAAAAUGGCACCAGCUAGACUACGUUUUGGGGCCACCUCUGGGAGUGCGUGAGAAGCUUCCUUCUCCCAUGUCCCAACUCUCAGAACUCAGAUGUGGCUGGACCAACCAAUAGGAAACUGCCCCAGCUUUUACCGCUACAGGGGGCCGGACCCCCAUCACCAGCCCAGGAUCCAGGGGCUGCCUCUGGCCUCUUAGGGAACAGAGGGUGGAACUCUUCAGCCCAGCCUAGAGAAGCCUCACCUCCCAUGCCUGGUGAGGAGUCCUUCCUUCCCCUGGACAAGGUUGCUGACAAGCUGCUGAAGUGGUCUCCCAGCUGAGCCUCAGUCCUGGUCCGCGAGGGUUGGGGCUGCAAUUAUUUAUUGGAGGGGACAGCCCUCUCUCCCACCUCCUCUCCAGAUGGGAGGAGGAGGGCCUGAGGCCUAAGCAGGACCCAGCGGUCCGAACCCCUAGCUGCUCCAGGGUAGGGGAGGUUGGUGGACCAUGGAGUCCCUGGUGCUGCCCCUCAGGUGGGACCCAGGCCUUCUCAGCUGUACCCUCUACCGAUGGCAUUUGUGUUUUUGAUAUUGUGUCUGUUGUUAUUUUUUAAUACAAAGAGAAAAAAUAAACCCCAGAACUUU